AAUUUUUUUUAUAAAUUUAAUUGCUCAAUAUGUUGAUCUGAGCUGUAAAUAUUUCGUCUCAUUCGCAAAACCCAGGAGAAUUCCUCAAAUUCGAAAACCCUAACGAUGUCUAAAGAGCAAUUCGGGAUCAAUGAGAUGGAAGAAGAAGAAGAAGAAGAAGAAGAAGAGAGCAACAACAAUAAUAAUACCAAUAUGAAUACAGAGGUGAUGGAGUGCGCGGGGCAGAGUCGGAAGGAGAGGCGGAAAGCUGCGAAGAAGGAGAAGAGGAAGAAAAAGAGGAAAGAAAUGGCUGAGUUGGCGCGGCGAGAGGAGGAAGCGAGGCUCAAUGAUCCUGAGGAGCUGCGGCGGCUUCAAGCCGAGGAGGAGGAGGAAAAGUUGAGAGCCGAGAAAGAAAGGAGGGAGUUCGAGGAGAGGGAGAGGAAGAUUCUGGAAGAAUGGGAGAAGAGAAGAGCUCAAGAACUAAGGGAGGAGGAGGAGGAGAGAAGAAGACGAGCUCAAGAAGAAGAAGAACAAUCGGAACAAAACUGGGUUGGAUGUGAAAAUGAAGCAGAUGAAGAUGGUUGGGAGUAUGUGGAAGAAGGGCCUCCUGAAAUUAUUUGGAAGGGCAAUGAGAUUAUUGUGAAGAAGAAAAGAAUUAGGGUGAAGAAAAUAGAUGCAGUGCAACAGAUUAAGGAAGAGGAUCCUAACAGACCCACGUCAAACCCUCUACCUCCACAAUCAGAAGCUUUUGCCGAUUAUAAGAAUGCGUCUACUCUUUCAGCUCAACAGCUACUAGAAAAUGUUGCUCAAGAGACUCCAAACUUUGGGACUGAGCAGGAUAAAGCUCAUUGUCCUUUCCACCUCAAAACAGGGGCUUGUCGAUUUGGUUCACGUUGUAGCAGAAUUCACUUCUACCCUGAUAAAUCCUGCACUUUGCUUAUAAAGAACAUGUACAAUGGCCCUGGCCUAGUUUGGGAGCACGAUGAAGGUCUUGAGUACACAGAUGAAGAGGUUGAACGUGCUUACGAAGAGUUCUACGAGGACGUACAUACAGAAUUCUUGAAAUUUGGAGAGAUUGUAAAUUUCAAGGUGUGCAGAAACGGUUCAUCUCAUUUGCGGGGAAAUGUGUAUGUCCACUAUAAGUCUUUGGAUUCUGCUGUGCUGGCUUAUCAAUCAGCAAAUGGUCGUUACUUUGCAGGAAAACAGGUGCAAUGUGAGUUUGUCGGGGUAACAAGAUGGAAGGUUGCUAUAUGCGGAGAGUUUAUGAAAUCAAAGCUUCAGACAUGUUCUCGUGGAACUGCCUGCAACUUCAUUCACUGUUUCCGGAAUCCUGGAGGAGACUAUGAAUGGGCCGAUUGGGAUAAACCUCCUCCAAGAUACUGGCUGAAGAAGAUGGCCGCUUUGUUUGGUUAUUCUGAUGAAUCUGGAUAUGAAAAACAGGAAGAGCGAGGAAGCCCAAGAUCUUUCAGGCAUUCCAGCAGAACUUCGACACAUGAUGCGUACAGGUACCACUGUCACAGAUCUCAAUCAAGAGAAAUCCAUUAUUCAGGAAGCACAAGAAAUUACUCUGAGGAUGAUACUCGAAUAAGUGCGCAUCGGUUGCGUGAUGUUGCUGAUAAAAAGCAGUCAGAAGUUCUUGAUGACAAAGAAUGUGGUGAUACAUCAGUUUCUAGAAAGAAGCACCAUAAUAAGUAUGUAGCCAGUAAUAGUGAUUCUGAUAGGAAUUACAGAGACAGAGGUAGGGACAGCAGCUAUGACAGCUCAAGAAAAUGCUCUCAAGCUCGGAGGGUCAGGAAAUUGAAACCUCAAGGUAACAAAAGCAGUGGGAGCAUACAUGAAAUUGAUCAUGUUGAAAAUAUGCAUGAUGGUGACAGAGAUGAGGAUAAUCACCAUGGACAUGCAAGGACGAACACAAGACACCAGGAAAAAAGGCAUGAGACUGUAGAUGGAAGUCGUCAUGCUGGUUCAAGAUGGUACUUGUCAGACGAGGAUGGAGUUAAAACUAUGAGUGGCAAAUCUACACGUGCGAGACAACAGUACGUGUCUACAUCUCCAGGUGAUCGCUGGGAUGUCAGAGGCAGUUCCUGCAGUGGUGAUUGGUCUGAUGAAGACCGGGAUACUGCACAUAUUUACACUGAUCGAUCCCCAGUGUCUGACAGUAACGAAGAUUUUGAAGAUAAAAGGUCUAAGAGACAAACUGCUCAUGAACUAAAGCACUCAAGAAUCAGGAACCACUCGGGUAAAGGGGAUGGAAAAGAUGGGCAGGAUAGGGAAAGCCCUAGAGAUUGUGGUCGAAGCUAUAGAUCUACUGAUUCUAAUUCAAAAUACUACUCUAGUAUGGAUACUGGUGAAUUGGAACACGGUGAAUCAAAAAGAAAGAGAGAUACUGAUAAGAAAUUUGAUUCUGAAAAUCGAAUUCAGCACCAUGUGGCAAAAAGAUCUCAUGCUGCUGACUACCGAAUUGAUGAGGCUACUAUGGAAAGAGGCCGCUGGGAACCCAGGAUAACUGAUUCUGCAGAGCACCAAGAUUUUGACUAACAACUUGAUCAAGCUACUGCCAAA